GAUACUUCUUUCUCUUUUUCUCAAUAAAGCCUUUUUAUUUUUUUCACUGUCGAGGGUCGACGGGCAUCGGCAACCUGCGCUUCUCUACUAAUCCACAUACGGCACAUAUAGACAGCCGCUUUAAAAUUCAUCAAAAUGGCUCCUUCAUCAGUUCUCAUGGUUGCAGAAAAGCCCAGUAUUGCUCUAUCAAUAGCUUCUGUACUCUCCGGUGGUCGGAUGUUCACCAAGAGGGGUAGUACAGAGGUCCAUGAAUUUGAUGGAACAUUUCUUGGAUUUCCUGCACAUUAUAAGGUGACAUCAGUUAUUGGGCAUAUUUUCAGUGUAGAUUUUCCAUCAAAAUAUCAAGAUUGGACAGUCACUGAUCCUACGGAUCUUUUUCAAGCUCAAAUUGUUAAGACUGAAACAAACCCUAAGGCUCAUAUUUGUAGGCAUUUAAGCCAAGAAGCUCGUGGCUGUGGUCAUUUGGUAUUAUGGUUGGACUGUGAUCGUGAGGGAGAAAAUAUAUGCUUUGAAGUGAUUGAAUGUACUGGUUUUCGCGUAAAUGAUGCUAGAAGAAGGGUAUAUCGUGCACGGUUUUCUUCAGUAACUGAGAAAGACAUUUUCAAGGCUCUGGACAACCUUGCUCAACCCAACAGAGACGAGGCAUUGGCUGUAGAUGCACGGCAAGAGAUAGAUUUAAAAGUUGGCGUUGCUUUCACAAGAUUUCAAACUAGCUUUUUCCAGGGAAAGUACGGGAAUCUUGAUUCAAGAGUUAUCUCCUAUGGGCCUUGUCAAACACCUACCCUUGGCUAUUGUGUACAACGUUAUUUGCAAAUUGCAACUUUUAAACCGGAAAAGUUUUGGGCUGUGCAACCUCACAUAAUUGUUGAUGGCUAUGAACUUCAACUAGAAUGGGAGCGUCACAAGUUAUUUGACUUAGAUGUUGCUAUGAUGUUUCAAAAGCAGGUAAUACAGGAUGGAAUAUUAGAAGUGAUUGAUAUAUCAGAGAAACAGGAAAACUAUAGUCGCCCUCCUGGUCUCAACACUGUCAACCUUCUAAAGGUUGCUUCGAGUGCAUUAGGCAUUGGACCUCAAACAGCCAUGCAAUUAGCUGAACGCUUGUACACUCAAGGAUUUAUCAGUUAUCCACGUACAGAAAGCACAGCCUACCCUUCCUCAUUUGACUUCAAAAGCACACUUGGUGCAAUGUCAAACAAUUCAACAUGGGGUAACUAUGUCCGGAGAUUGCUUGCUGAUGGUUAUCACAAACCGCGAUUAGGAACUGACGUAGGUGACCAUCCUCCUAUUACUCCAAUCCAAUUAGCAAGUGAGAAUAUGCUAGGCAAAGAUGCUUGGAGACUAUAUCAGUAUGUCUGUCAACAUUUUAUAGCAUCUGUGUCUCCUGACUGCAAGUAUGUGAGGACAAAGGUGGAAUUUUCUGUUGGGGGAGAGUUCUUCCAUUGUAUAGGCAAGCGUGUUACAGUAGAAGGAUUUACCUGUAUCAUGCCAUGGUUGGCAGUAAGUGAGAAAAAUCUCCCUCAGUUUACAAUUGGUGAGAAAAUAGAAGUUUCAAAGGUGGAUCUCUAUGAGGGCAAAACUGUUCCUCCAGAUUACCUCAGCGAGAGUGAGCUGAUUUCUCUGAUGGAGAAGAAUGGAAUAGGCACAGAUGCAUCAAUACCUGUACAUAUAAACAAUAUAUGCGAACGUAAUUAUGUGCAGGUACAAGCUGGCAGGAGGUUGGUUCCAACUACAUUAGGUAUCACCCUGAUAAGAGGCUAUCAGUGUAUUGAUCCGGAUCUAUGUUUACCUGACAUUCGUAGUUUCAUUGAGCAACAGAUUACACUUAUUGCCAAGGGCCAGGUGGAUCAUUCGCGUCUUGUGCAGCAUGUACUCCAACAAUUCAAGCAAAAAUAUUGUUACUUUGUUAAGCAGAUUGACAAGAUGGACUCGUUGUUUGAAGCACAGUUUUCUCAACUUUUUGACUCAGGCCGUGUUCUUAGUAAAUGUGGAAAGUGCCUGAGGUACAUGAAGUACAUUUCAGCUCUACCAUCACGUCUUUAUUGUGGUACAUGUGAGGAUGUUUAUUUUCUUCCUCAGAAGGGCACCAUCAAGCUAUACAAGGAACUAACAUGCCCUUUGGACAACUUUGAGCUGUUGCUAUUCUCCAUGGGUGGGCCAGAAGGGAAGACGUUCCCACUUUGUCCAUAUUGCUACAAUAGUCCCCCAUUUGAAGGCAUAGAUAAAUUGUUUGGUGCAAGUGAGAGUGGUAAUUUUGGCAAGCUAGGAAAGGGAGCAGGCAUGCCAUGCUUCCUCUGCCCCCACCCAACGUGCCGACAUUCUCUGAUUGCUCAAGCAGUUUGUGCUUGCCCAGAAUGCAGUGGAACGCUUGUUUUGGACCCAGUAAGUGCACCCAAGUGGAGACUUUAUUGCAAUAUGUGCAAUUGCCUUGUCUUGCUCCCUCAGGGUGCUCAUCGGAUAGCCACUACUAGGGAACGUUGCCCUGAGUGUGAUUCAACAAUCAUAGAAGUGGACUUCAACAAGAACACAACACCAUUGGAAGAUGGAGCUACUUUGCACAUUGGUUGCAUUCUUUGUGAUGAUUUACUUCAUUCACUUGUGGAGGUGAAGCAUGGUAAAUCAUUUUUCAAACGCAUGGGUAGGGGAGGAAGAGGAAGGGGGAGAGGUGGAAGAGGACGGGCUUCUGCAAGGAGAGGGGAUCCGAGAAUGAGCUUUCGGGAUUUCUAAUAUGUUCUUAGAUAAAUUAUUUUCAGUAUACAAUUUGAUGUAUUCAUUAGGUUGCGUUUGGAUUUGGAUUUGGAUUUGGAUUUGGAUUUGGAUUUGGAUUUAGAUAUUAAAUCUUGAAUUUAAUAUUUAAGAUUUGAAAUUCAUAAAUUUGAAAAUUCCAUGUUUUGAA